AUGAAAUGCAAAUCUGAAACGACUUUAAGGGCAACUCACGAAAUGGAGCAGAACAUGAAGCAAUCGUCUUGUUUAUUUGAUUCUACCACGAAAUGUGUUCAUGAUUGUGCUCAGUCAGCUACAUUGGAUAUCACUUUAUUUACUUUUGAAGCAAGCCACUACAUAGACAUAAGUAUUGUGUUCAACCUGAGAUGUUGUCUUGUGUUUUCUGAAGUGAAUGAUUAA